AUGUCGCAGGAUACCCCAGCCAAAACACGCAAGUCUUCAUCUGCAGCCGUUGCUCCUCGAAAAAGGAGAAAGCGGACUGUCGUGACUGGUGCCGCCCACGAUUGCUUCACCUGCGCCAAGAGCGGCUCCUCGUGCGAUAGACGUCGCCCGUACUGUUCACAAUGCCUGGAUCAGGGGCUCGAUUGCCCGGGUUACAAGACAACGUUAACGUGGGGUGUCGGCGUUGCGAGUCGAGGCAAGUUUCGUGGGCUGUCUCUGCCAGUGAGCGGCUCACAACCGGCCGCUGCGAAGCCGAGGUCAACUCCUCCAUCAGACCAUUUGCAGUCGCAAUUACCCCAUGGUCAGCCAUCUCCGGCCUCAGAUACACUGGGAGAGAGGGCCUCGCCGGUGGAUGUCCCGUCACCGCACGCUCCAGGGGCAUCGAAUCCCUUGACAGAUUUGGCAACGGAUUUUGAAUCCGGGUCGGCUCCUGGAAGCUGGACGGGUUCCUUGUCUCCGUCAUUCCAGUCAUCGCCAACGGCAUGGCCAUACCCUUCUCAAGACAUCGAAUCCGAUGAAGCAGUUUCCGAGCUCGAGAGGCGGCGUAGCUCUCAUGCUUAUCCAUUUUUGGGUAGCCACUCGCCAUCACUUUCCCAGCUGCUGCUAGCACGUUCCGUUGGACGAACCCCGCGACUGCGGUACCUAAUCAGCUAUUAUGCUGAAGUCAUUGCCCCUGUAAUUGUGGCUUUUGACAGCCCGACAAACCCCUUUCGCACCUCCAUCGUGCGAAUGGCACAGGAUAGCACGUCACUUCAAGAGGCUAUUGCAACAUUGUCCACCAGCAAUUUGCGGCAAAGGCGAGAGCGAGGAAUUGUCUCAACAGGGCGCACGGAGCCUUCCCGCAUGUCCUCCCUAGCCCACAGGGCCUUAACAGACCAUUCUCUGCACGAGUGCGCUGAUCCGUUUAUUCCGGAAGGAUACCCACUCGAAGAACAGUAUCACCGCCGCAUGGCGGUUCAGGAAUUGAACAAAGAAUUGGCAGAUCCGCAAAGGAGACUCUCGGACUCGGUCCUUGCCACUUUGUUGAUACUGUGUCUAUUUCACGUCUGUGACACGGGGGUUGCGCAGUUCAAGACCCAAUUCGCUGGCGUGACCAAGUUGCUAGCGAUUCGGAUGCGUACAAUGCCGUAUCUGUCCGAUGAGUUGAGAUGGUUCAUCCGCAUGUUUACGUGGUAUGACACGAUGACUGCGACCACCAAUGAUCGCGAAACUGAGCUACAUAGUAGAUACAUCGACUUGACCACGGCUUCUGGCGAUGAAUGGGGUUUGGAAAAUCUGGCGGGAUGUGACGGCCGUCUUUUCAAGGUCAUCUCACACCUCGGUCGGCUGAACAUUCUCAGUCAGAACCAAGAAACGACAGAAACCUCACCACACAUCUUCAUUCCCACCACAACACCUCCGCCUUCCAUGUCUUACUAUGCAAAUUCGAGUUUCUCAAAAUUCCCAGCUCAUGCCGACCCUUACCUAUUCCCAUUGCCCACACCACCCCGGUCUAGUGAUCGGAUCAAGCAACCGUCGUCUCCCACAUUCUGGGCCGAAUGGUACUCCAUUCGACAGCAGCUUGAAGCCUGGCGCUUCCCGGAAGAGCGCCCUAGCCACGGUCUUCCCAUUGUGUCUGGCUAUGACAUUGGCCAAGAUCCUUCGACAGCACACGCGUACAUCUCACCACCCUCAUCGCCGCUAUAUCAGUGCGGCGUAGCCCCUCAUAAUGUCGAAGACGUCUUUCACAUCUCCGAGUCCUUCCGCCACUCGGCUCUCCUCUAUAGCGAACGCCUCGCAUAUCCGGACCUACCGUCCUCGCACCCUCGUAUCCAACAGAUCGUGCAGCGGUCAAUGGUGCAUAUAUUAUCCGUCAAAUCCGACGUCUACCUACUUUGGCCGCUUUUCGUUACUGGCUCCGAAUGCGUGCUUCACGAGCAACGCGUCGCUAUUGAAGAGCGCUGCAAAGAUAUCUCGAAGGACUCUGGGUUCUGCAAUAACCUGUCCUGCCUUGAGCUUCUCCAGCAUAUCUGGGAAGAGAAUCCGCCGAUCGAUCCGCCAGUGCACGACGGUGGCCACGUUGUAUAUCCGCACGCUUGGUCCGCGCUCGAUGAGGCCGUGUCAAUGAUUCCGACUACUAUCUCGAAAAGCCAGGGCUUCCGCUGGCACCAGGUCAUGCAGGCGAAGCGAGCAGAGGGAGAGUAUAUGGUUGUAUGA